AUCAGUUUUUAAAAUGCCUCUCAAUCGGUUGCAUUACUACAGUUUCAUGACCUGGCUGACGGGUCUGAACGGCCUCAAUACCUUCUACUACGUCGGCGGAAGCAAUAGAAUUAGGAAUUCUUCGCUACUACAGAUGUAUUGUUUUGUCCAUCACUUGCUAUGUGUCCUAGGCCUGGCUAUCAUGCUCAACUCUUCCUGGGGUAACAUUCGCAUUUGUGGGACUAUCCUGACUCUAGGAGCGACCUGCUCCUUUGCCAUCAACUCGUGCUGGGAAAAAAGCCAAGGCAUUCGGAAAUUGGUCGAGGGAUUAGUUCGAAUGGAGGCCAAGCACUUCGAAGGACAAUCGAGCGGCUUUGCCCUGAAGAUACGGGGCUAUAUGAAACAAGUGCUUGUAGUAGUUACCCUACUAAGGAUCCACAUCUUCUAUCCGAUCUACAUUAAAAGGAUUAUACGGUAUUGGUUUCUCCUGAAUGUGGCCUGCUAUUGGCUGGUCUACAACAUGCUCUUGGCCGCUGUCUUUGGCUUCUACUGCCUCGUUUGGCAAAUGUGUCGCAGCCAAAAGCUGAUAAACGAUCGGAUGACGGAGCUCUUGACCAAGCCAAGGAUAAGGAAGCGCUCGAGUAAGAUGAGGAGGUGCCUCAAACUCUAUACGAAGCUUUUGGUCCUUUGCAAUAGUUUGAACUACGAGUACGGCCACAUAUCCAUCUGUGUCCUGGCCUGCAAAAGCUGGUUCCAGAUCACCUACGGCUACGAGAUAUUCAAAAUGGUAGCAGCCCCCAAGUCCAUCGACCUAAACCUGCCUCUGAGGUUAUUUGUGGUUCUGACCUAUAUCCUGGAUGCAGUUAAUCUAUACUUUGCCACCGAUGUGGCCGAAUUGUUCACAGCCCUGAGGGAGGACUCCUUGCGUAUCCUGCGGGAAAGUAGUCGCUUGGAUCCUAUGCUGUCCAUGUUCACCUUGAAUCUGGCUCUGCAGCCAAAGCGGGUCAUCUUUCUAAACGCGGUCGCCUUUGACCGAAAGCUGACUCUCACCCUCAUGGCCAAGACGUUGUUGUACACAGUCUGUUGGCUGCAAGGCGAUUAUAAGGAACUCAUGCAGUAGACGGUCGCAUUCAAUAGCCAAACCGUCCUGCCACAAUUCUAGACUUAUUCACACGGCGUCUCCUCUUUUUUGGAGAGCUUAUUACGGAAAACACAAAAGGACUGAGUUUGUCUGCACCAUAAACCAUAGAACAUGCACAAACAUUAAAAUUGAACCAGCAGAAGCACUUGAAUGUAUUUACACAGCAAAUAUUGGCAAGACAUAUAUAUCCGAUUAUAAACAUCCAAAUACGAAAACCACAAACCUGGGAGUUGUGUGCGAUGCUUGAAUUUCGAAAGAAAGCUUGAAUUGAAAAAUGGAUGUGGCUGCAGAGUUGAAUAAAAAUGAAA